AUGUGCACAUCUUUUCCUUGUGCUCUCCUUCGAAUAAACCUUUUGGUUGCGUUUCAGAAUCUUGAAAAUGCUUUCACCUGUGCGGACAGGGAGACUUUCGAGCGACUUCUUUACCAACGUAUAAGGGAGGUGGCACUUGCAGUUUGCCAACCGAAGAUGCCUACUGUUGACGUGACUCAGUUUUUUGAUCUUUCAACUAUGAAAAUCUCAUUAGAUGUGGAGCUUUCCGAGUACAACACCCUGCUGACUUCAAUCUUCGCCGAUUUUGAAGCGUUUCUAGCCCUUGAACAAGGCAAAACGUCCGCGGCAAAGAAAACAGUCCGUGUUGGCUUACGUAAACGACCAAUGUCCAAGAAUGGUGCUCAUUUGGCUUCCCUCAAUGCUCAUCUGACUGCCAUUUGCCCCAAAGUGCGCUCAUCCUGCGGUCAUGUCUUUACAUCGUCGGAGAGCGUGUUUAUAUGCAAUGACUGUUCCACUGGUGUGGCCAGCUGCCUUUGCAAAACUUGCUUUUUUGCGAGUAUCCACACUAAGCACAACUAUGAGGCAGCGAAAAACGCUCAUGGCUUCUGUGCCUGCGGUCAGGACGAAGUCUGGACCAGCGGCGUCUGCUGCCGUAUUCACGGUGGUGACGAGCUGCAGAAAGGGAAAAAUCGGCCCAAGAGUGGCAACAGUGGCGAUGGUGCCCAGGUUUUGCGCACAGUGGAGGAGGAACAGCGUCAGGAGAUGGAACGCCUGCAGCAACGACUGGAAGCCCUGCCUCUCGAUGUGGUGAAGCGAUGUACCUACCUCCUACGUCCCCUGAUCGACAGUGCUACUCUAGCACUUUUUGGCCUCAUCCAGGUAGGCGACAUUUGA